AUGACCCUCCAGCUUUCCUACCGAGCUGAACCCAUGGAGUCCCUCAGUGUCACGGCAAGCACCAUUACCCUCAUUGCCACCGUCAAAAAGACUUUAGAAGUCCUUCAAAAGAUGCGUCACGCACUCCAAGGGCUAGAUGCGCUGAUCCAGGAGGCUUCUGAUCUUGCGGUCGUCCUCAGGGACGUUGAACCCUUCCUUCGAACCUCGGAGCCCACUCCUCAAGACGGUGCAGAGCCCCAACCACAAGAUCUUGGCCUUUCCCAGUGGUCGGAGCGAGCAAAGUCUACGCUGAAUGAGAUAGAGGUCCUUGCAAUGAUCCACGUCAGCUCAAAAGGCUCCGGUUCUCAGCUCAGGGGCUUGUGCAACAACGCGAAAGUUGUGUCUCAAUUGAACACAAAGCGCCAAGACUUGCAGACUGUCAAACUCAAUCUGAAUAUGAUCCUCUUAAUCGUGAGCUCGCUGAAUCAGGGUGGCAAGGUUCAGAAGUUGGACAUCCACGUCACGACAGUACAAGCAAUCGCCGACUCCAACCUCGGCGGGAGUGCGAUUGGGGUUGCAAUUGCUCGUGUCAUGCACGUCGGUCGUUGA